CCUUAAUGACUUCCUCCCGUUUUUGUCACAUUUCACUUCAAUUCUCGGAACUACGGCAAAGUUAGCAGUUACCCCAGCUCUCUUCAUGACCAACGAUUAUAUUUACGAUGCUGCCGGGACUAACGAACCGGAUUACCCCUUUUAGGAGGUCAGCAUGUAAGCGCCUCAAUGCUACCUCGACACGCGCUGGGCUGGUUUGGCCCCCACAACAGCGAUCGUUCUCCACAACAAUGGCUAUGAGGUACCAGAUUGGCCCGGAGCCAGAGGCAAGACAGUCAUUGUUCUCUAAAAUGGGCGAAGCUGCAGCUACAACUUUUGCUUCUGUCGUAGUUCUAGGCCUUGGCUUCGCCGGCGCUGGUUACGCUUAUCACCAGUCGUAUAAGUGGUUACAGCUCCAGAAGAUUCACCACGCGUUUGAGCCAGGAGCCGAGCCAAUUCUGGCAUUGGCAGGGAAAAAUGUACCAGCACCACCUAAUUGGGUUAUCCGAGAAGAGCAGACUAGAAUAGACGAUAUUGUUUCGGCAACUGAGACGGGUCAUUAUUACCUGUUGAUGGGCGAUAAAGGAUGCGGGAAAAGCAGCAUGCUGAUCGAAGCUAUGAGGAAAGUGGAUGGAGAUGGUUGUGCCAUGCUCGAAGCAUCUAAUAGCGUCGAAGUCUUCCGUAUAAGACUGGGAAAGGCAAUCGACUACGAGUAUCACGAGGAUUACAUCGGAGGUUACUUCAGCGAACGUGGUCCUAGAGAAUCCACGGCGUUGCUCGACAUAGAGAGGGCGAUGAAUAAGUUAGAGAAAGUGGCGCUGAUACAUCGGGCGAAGAAGAAUAAGCCCCUGGUCCUCAUCAUUAAUCAGACCCAUCUAAUUCGAGACGACGACGAAGGCAAAGAUUUAUUAGAACUACUUCAGCACCGGGCAGAGGCCUGGUGUGCUUCAAACCUAGUUUCGGUCGUCUUCACAACUGAUGAUUAUUGGAUUUAUGAGCGACUAAAAAGACGUGCUACGGAGCGAAUGGUGGUUAUGCCAAUUAACGAUCUGCUGAAGCCCCAAGCGAUAAUGGCACUGCAAAAAUACCGACACCGUUACUUUGGGGAAGAUGUGGAUAUAUCUAUCCUCGAGGAGAUCUAUGAUAAAGUCGGGGGUCGGCUCUCCUUUCUAAACCGCGUAGCUAAGUCACGCGAUAUGCUUAGUACAUGUGAUCGCAUUAAGGAGAUCGAAAAGACAUGGUUUCUAAAUUCUUGCGCCAUAUUGGGAUCCGAAAUGGAUGAUGACGUAAUGGAUCAACAAAAAUUCUCGUCAGCCUCUAUGGUACUCGCGUUAGCCCUUGUUGACAAAGAAGAGGAUAUGGAACAAAUCUAUGACCCGGAGACAGGACAUAUUCUCCCGUAUUUUCCAAUGCAUAAGGCGCAAGAAGUCAUGACUCGAGCGGAUUUCAUCCGAGAGCUUGACCGAUUAAAUAUAUUUACUAUAAACAGCGAAGCUCACGUACGUGCCAGCUCCGUGCCCAUGCAACGUGCAUUUAAGGAAAUAUGUAGCGAACCCGGGUUUCGACAGUUCCUCCAAGAUACUCUAGAUCGUAUCGCGGCUAUUGAGAGUUUAGGCCGUACAAGGGAAUUGGUUGCAAAAGACCUAGUCCUUGGCGGGAAGUACCGCAUUUCGAGCCCUAUCAGCCUAGAUGGCAGGGUCGAGGUUCGAUUAGAACAAGACAAGAAAGACUAAAGAUUGGGAAAAUUCCGAUGUGGUUAUUCAACUACCAUGGUAUGCAAUCGUCAGCUGCAGGGCCAGCUUUUCUUUUGUUGAUCAAAAUGGGCAUAGAUUUUGUAUCAGUACUGUACCAUAUUACGCACUAAUGUCUGUACAUAUUUCAUCUGUAUACCACGUUCUAUUUGCAAUUUGCAAUUUAGUUGGGGUCUAUAUCGAUGCUCAGCAUCUUACAGAGGCAGCCACGCGGUUCUAUCAUGCAUAAUUCGGAAUUAGAUAGAUAUUUUAUCUUUUAAUCUGAUUUUCGCACCUUUACCCUAA